AAUAAGACUUCUAUCAGAAAGCCCUACGGCUAAAGGUAAUCGGCUAACGGUUAACGGCUAAGGGUAAUCGGCUAAUGGUUAAUGGUAAACGGCUAAAGGUAAUCGGCUAAUGGUUAAUGGCUAAAGGUAAUCGGCUAACGGUAAACGGCUAAAGGUAAUCGGCUAACGGUUAACGGUAAAUGGCUAAGGGUGAUCGGCUAACGGUAAAUGGCUAAGGGUAAUCGGCUAACUGUUAACGGUAAAUGGCUAAGGGUAAUCGGCUAACUGUUAACGGUAAAUGGCUAAGGGUAAUCGGCUAACUGUUAACGGUAAAUGGCUAAGGGUAAUCGGCUAACUGUUAACUGUAAAUGGCUAAGGGCAAUCGGCUAACGGUAAAUAGUAGAUGGAUGACCAAGGUACAGGCUUUGAAACUUUUUCUCCAUCCUGUCUGACACUUGAUGUUCUUCAGUGCACCUCAAGCAGCGCUCUCCCAAAUUACAGCAGAGGAAUGAAGCUUGGACUCUUUGCCGUGCAUUGCGUUGGUAUUUUCCGCAGCUAAGAGGAUCGGAAAGUUUCCUCCUGUGGGCUUGCAUCAUGGAGGCUCGCAGUCAAUCCAGCAGUCAGCAACUUCUGUGGAAAGAUGUGGAGGCAGAAAAACAGAGGAAGACCAGAUUUCACAACUUCCACUGGGUGGCUCUGGUGCUGGCUGUGGUGUUUCUGGUUCUGGCCGUCUGCAUCUUCAGUCUGAUGUAUCUGUGGGGCCCCAGCUUGGGAAAGGUGUAUGACCAUGAGUACAAAGCCGUGGUGGACGGCGUAGAGACAAACAGUGUGAUGGAGAUUGACCCAGCUGACCUCACUGAGAUCUUCAGAAUGGGGAACGGCAGUAAGGAGGUUGUGGAGGUGCACGACUUCAAGAAUGGGAUCACUGGGAUACGGUUUGCUGAACAUCAGAGGUGCUACAUCAGGACCCAAACGAAGAAACUACCCACAGUGGACGAGGCGGAGGCUGACGGCGGGGAAAGGACGGUUGACGAGGCCGAGGCCGUGGAUGUGCAGGUGGAGGACUCCAGAGUGUGGGUUCCUGCCGAGGAGCCCGUCGUUAACCCGGACUUCCUGCUUGACUCCAAGAUCUGGGAGAUUUGCCAGCAGAUGCCCAUCCACUGGAUCCAUCCCUCCCCCAUGACUGACGCCGAGACUCAGGACGUAGACACGCCCGACACUGAGGUCACAGGUCAGCGUUUCACCCGGGACGUCCCGGACCACAUUCCAGUGAGCGAUUACAGGGACGUCGGCAUCGAGCUGGAUAACCGCCUGGACGAACGCGGCUACUGCUGCCAGUACUGCCGCCGCGGCUACCGCUACUGCCGCCGCUACUUCGAGCCCCUGGGCGGCUUCAACCCCUGGCCGUACUACUACCAAGGAGGCCGGGUCAUCUGCCAGGUCGUGAUGCCGUGCGACUGGUGGAUCGCUCGCAUGCUGGGCAGAGUCUGACGCUGAAUUUUAAUGGUUUCUGGAUCUGAAAUAAUCUGAGAAAUAUUCCAGACCUCAUUUGUAGAAAAAGAGCAUUUCAUAUUCAUUGAUUAUAUUCUCAGAGGCAUCAUUAACUGCCUCGUGUUGUAUACUAGCAAAUGAAAUCAAUGCUUCUUUUUUUUAAAAACUUUUAUGUUCCACUAAAUCUGUUUGCGCAUGUUCAGUGCUUUAAAAGGGCAAUAUUUGUGUUCUCCAGGCAUAAUACACUAACAAUGUUAUCGUCAGUCAUAAAAGUGAUGUCAAUUAUCACUUAAAAGAAAUUCUACUUCCUGGCUUAACGCUUUGAAAUUGGGCGCCCGUCUCUUUAAGAGCCCUUUUACAACGUUUCUACCAGCAUUGAACUGAGAAGUAGUUUCUAUAACGACCUCAGCGGAUCUGCAGUUCCUCCAGACGUUUGCUAAUUGAUGCUGGCUAGUCUGAAGGAGCUGCUCUGUGAGGCAGAAGCUUGGAAACUGCAGCAUUUUGCACAGCUGAAUGGUUGCCAUGGAGAUUAAAGGAUUAAUAGAUAAAAGUUGUUCUUGAUGAAGGAACUACGUUGUAACAUUAAGAAAAGUUGAUUUUACAUGAUACUGCCCCUUUAAAUACACAUGCAAACUUUCCUGAUUGGUGCUACAAUAAAGAUUUAACCACACUAUUAUAUCUAAUAGCAGCAUGUUCUGUGUAAUAAUCAAACACUUUCAGGUUGUGAAGCACAUUUUCUGUAUUAUGUAAAUGAGUAGUUUGGACUUUUUGAGCCAUACUAACAGUUUGCUUAUAUUUAGUGGACAAGCUCUAUUACUGUAAGUGAUUCUGCGGCUGCUGAGUUUGUGCCAGUCGAUGUAUUUCCUGAGCUUCUUAUUUGUUAUUGUUAGCUAAAGCUUUAAGGAUGCAGAUUCAUAAUAUAAACUACACACACUUACAGUUGUUCACAAUUUAUUCAUUUUAGUCAUUGAAAGUUAAAUCUGUUAUUUAACGUUUUUGUAAUUCAAGUGCUUUUUUAAAAAAAAAAGAACUAUGGUAAACAUGCCCAAAGUGUUGGUCGGGUUUGUUUGAUUCGCUUGGACUCUCUUUACAUGUUUUUAAAUUUGACUCCAACUUUGUUCCAGAAUUCAAUUAAAAUCUUCCUUUUGAA